AUGAAGCUUCGCCAUCGCCGAAGCUUUUUCGCCUCUACGGUCUUGCUCGCAAUCGUCUUCCUCCAUAUCUCCGACAACCCAGAUAGCGUUUCCGCUCAGGAAUCCGAUGGAAGUAGUUGCAUUCUCGACAUCCAACCCCCCGCUGACGAUACCAGCUGCGAUGGUGAUCGCCGGCGUCAGGCCGGCAACUGGGGAGGCUUCAUCGACGGCGGUGAUGAUUGCUGCACACCUGCUUUCGACGACUACUUGUUCGGAUUGGCCCGGUGGGCUUCUCAAUCGGGUCAGGUAUUCUUGAAUUCCGCGGACCAGAGCCGCUGCCUGACCGGAACCAGCUGCGGCUUCGACAAGCUCACCCGCGGAGCUAGCGGCUGUUCAAGCUUUACAGUGGCUGAUGUUGCUUACAAGCUGAAACCCCAGCUGGAAUCACUUGAUCAGGGCUGCAAUUUCACCGAGGAUGCUUCCAGUCAGCACUGCAGCAGAUGUUCUGCGAAGUGGGAGGAGAUUCGGGCGUCGUUGGACCAUGGGUCGAGCUCUGAAACUGAGCUAUGCAGGUUUGCAGUUCUGGUCACAUUGACCAGCAACUGGGCUGGUUCGAGAGACCAAGUUCAGCCACUCUAUGGCUGCCUUUCUCAAGAAAUCCUGAUCGUGAGCCUUAGCGUUGGGGGAGUGGCAGCGAUCCUCGUGUUGCUGCUAUGGAUCAUGAGCAGAAGGAAGUCUCAGCAAACACGAUCACCGGCUGAAUCUGGUUCCUUGCGUACUGCACAAAAAAAUCUGAACUUCAAGCAGCCUAACAAUCUCAAGAUAUCGAUAAAGGAGAUUUACUCGGCAACAAAUCAUCUCACUGAAUCGAACUUCAUCGGUCAAGGGAUAGCCGGAAAGGUUUACAAAGGGAAAUUGUCGGAUGGGCAGGCGGUUGCAGUGAAGCACAUAGUGAGUGAUGGCCAUGUAGAGACCUUUGUGAGAGAGGUCACCAGUCUUUCUCAUGUCAAACAUCCUAACCUCGUAGCUUUAACCGGAUGUUGCAAGCAUGAAGAUGAGUACUUCCUGGUUUACGAGCUCUGCGAAAAUGGCAACUUAUCAGAAUGGCUCUACAUAAUCGGACAGCCCACCAACAUUCUUCUUGAUUCCAAUUUCCAAGCAAAGCUGUCGGAUUUCGGGCUUUCCAAGGUUAUGAACUUGGGACAGUCGUUUGUGAGUUCAGAAGUGCGGGGAACGUUUGGUUAUGUGGAUCCCGAGUAUCAGAGGAACCAUCAUGUCAAUGCUAAGGGGGAUGUCUAUAGUUUUGGGAUAGUGUUGAUGCAAAUUCUAUCUGGACAGAAGGUGAUCAACAUGAAUCAUAACACACAUAUGCAGCUCAACAAAAAGGCCUCGUACAUAGCCACAUCAGGGAAUAUCGCAGAAUUUGCUGAUCCUAAACUCAACGGGGAGUAUUCUACUGAAGCGUUUGAGAUUUUAUUCAAGCUGGCCCUGUCAUGCUCAGGUGGUAAGAAGGACAGACCAACAAUGGAGAUGGUGGUGACAAGAUUAGAGAAAGCACUUGACAUCUCUAUGAGAUCGUCGAGCUGAAGAAGCGUGAACACUCCCAAUCAAGCUAACCCAAAAGGCCUUGUUUAUAUCAAAUUCAAGAAAGUACUAGACUUCUCAAUGAGAUCGUCAAGAUGACAAAGGGUGAACAAAUCCAAUCAAGCUGACCAGAAGGCCUUGCUUGUGUAUCAAAUAUGAAAAUCUGUAGUACAUCAUUACACUUCUACAACACUAAGUUACUACAGUAUCAUUUCAUAUACAACGCAGGAAAAGAAUUACAACAGAAUAGAUGUGUAUUUUUGUACAAAGCUUCAUUUUAAAAAUGUAGAAGCCAAGACAAUGUGAUGUUGGUAGCUCUUCAAAAACCCGAGCUAAUGUCAACAAAAACAAAGGAGGCAAGCAUCCUCUACACGAUUUCAGUGUAUAUACAGUGGGCAGAUGCUUGCAAAUGAAAUGAAAAGAAUGAAAAAUGUGGUAUACCCAAAUGAAAAAAAUGGCUUUGGGUUUACCACGCAUGAACAAAUCGUUCCCGAGGAAGAACUGUUGCUUUCGAAGUGGAGGAGGUUCUUUCAUAGAAUUCAUGAAGAACCUUAAUGAGAGCACCAGCUUUCUUGCUUGCUCGAGAUGUGCCUUCGCUGAGUUGGGAAUAUAAUGAACCCAUCAGAGAAGGGCUACGAACCAGAUAAACCACCACAUCUUCACCACCAUUGAUGGAUAUAGCAAGCAACAGGCAGACACAAUGCUCCAUUGCGGCCCUUGGAUUGGCAGCAGCCAAAAUCCGCACAACCUGAGGCAAAGCUCCGCAUCUAAUAAUCGCUUUUGCCCCCUCAGGUUUCUCAGCUAGUGUUGCCAGAACUGCUAAAGAAUCCGUCACAACCUCGUGUCUGUCUGAAGAGAUCAAGACAUCGAGAAGUAAAGGAACUGCUCCAGAUGCAAGAACCCUCCAAUGGUUUCCUGAAUGCAUCAGCAGCCCAUAGAUUGCAACAAGAGCAUUCUUUUUCCCUCUGUAGUUUGCUUCUUUGACCAUCUCUACCAAAUACGAGAUAGCUUCUGUGGUUUCACCAAUCAAUUUCCUGUACUCCUCUACUGAAGAGAGAUAGAAGAGUGUUGCAGCUGCAUGCUGCCUAGCUGCCUCCACCUUCACUCCCUUCUUCAGCAUAUCUACAAUGAAUCUCAACCCACCAUUCUCAGCAAUCAAAGCCUUGCUUCUCGAAUGCUUUGAGAGAUUCAGGAUGGCUGCAAUGGCAUUCUCCUGACAAGAACCGUCUUCUUCUUCUGAAGACAGCAAUUCCAAGAGAGCAGGAAUAACUCCGGCUUCCACCAAACAAGACCUGUUAAAAAUGUUUGUUUUGCUGAGAAGCCGGAUCUCAUAAGCUGAUCUGUUCCUCCAUUUAUAAUCCCCACCAAGGAGCUUAUCGGCCAGAAAUCUAGCUGCAGCUUUCAUAGCACAUUCAGCAGCCAAACUCCCAGCAGCAGCCGUUCUGGUUAUGUCCCGGGCGUUGCGACUGGAAUCAACAAAUGGGAUGCCAUUUGCAAGGCAAUAGCGCUGAAUCAAUUGCUUCAGAGCAACGUUGGGUACAAACUCUGUGCUUGACAACUUGUUCCCUGUGUUGGGACAGGUUGCAUUUCCAGCCCUGAACCAUUUCAGAAUCGAGCAACGUUCGUAAGUAUGCCCCGUCUCGAUAGUGACCGGAUCCCUCAUGAUUUCAAGAGAAAUCGGGCAGCGGAAAUCGUCCCCGUCAAGGGAACCCAGCAACUCAUCGUUACGGCUUUCACCCUCGCAGUGAACUGGCGGAUCGGAUUUGCCGUCGACUGAAUCGAACAACACGCACCUAGCGUAACUCGCGAACCCUAGCAGGCUACUCAGCAGUUGCAAUUCUCUUCUCAUUUCCUUAUUGUUCGAAUAGUGAAACUCAAUCUCAGAGUCCAAGAAGUUUACCUCCCUGUAGCAGUCGCUCCAUUUCUUCACCCCGAUGUAGUCCAGGACUCGCUUGACCUCUCCGCGAUCGGGGACCUCGCCGCUCUCGAACCGGCUCAAGAUCGCCAGGACAUCGGCCAUGGCUAUUUGGGCAUCCGCUCCGACUUCGAACCUCGUCUCUCUCGCUUGUCUCGUCACCAACUCGGCCACCUCCAUCGCCUCGCGCGGCAGAUCGAGAGCCUCGAGCGGCAGGACCUCCAGAGCCGUAGCCAUCUCGCGAACGAGAACCCGGAAAUGAUUGGCGACCCGAUCCGACUCCAUCAGCAUCCAGAUCCGGGCGCCGUCGUCGCGGGUGCAGUCGUCGAGCAGGUACAAGACCUUCUGGACCGUGAAGUGGAGCUCCGAGAGGCCGAGGAGGAGCGAGUCGGGAACGGCGGAGAACCGGAUUUCCUGGAGGAGGAUGAGGAGGUUACCGACCUGGCGUAUGGUUUGGCGCGCAUUCCGUGCGUUGCUGCUGCCGAACGACUUGGAUGAUCUGUAGUCGCAGGCAGAGCGGCAUAGGCAGACGAGGGAAGCGAGGAGCGUCGCCGGAGCUAUGGUUUCGCAUGGGUGAACCGCCGGGAAGGUCAGAAUCCGGCGAGUGGGGAUGUAGGGCUUUUGGAUCAUGAAGAUGAAGACAAAAAGAAGAAAAAGGGGGUGGAUUUAGAUUUUGUUC